AUGCGAUCACCAUCCUCACCGGAUCAUCGACAAUCAAUACCCGUUUCAACCAGUGACAGAAGGGUGGACAUCGCAUCUGGCUCCAGCGUCACUCACAGCAAGAAGAGAAAAAGCAGUGACAUUGAGACUGACAACAAUGGCUCGCAAUCAGAUGUUUUUGCAGCGAAACCCCUCUCUCCAAACCAUGCAACUCUCAACUUUGCUCCGGUAACGCUUGUGGCUCGAGCAUGUCUGCCUUUAGCAUGGCUCAACACGUCCACUGGGACUUGCCGGUUGAUCUUUGAAGCAACCAUUUUGUCCGUGGAGGAAUGGGAACAACGCAUUUUGGUCGUCCGUCAAGUCCCCAAUGGCGCCCUCCAUGCUGUUGAGCGAAUUGGCGACUCUGUCUACGUCGCAUGUGCUUUACACGGUUCGAUUUCAGAAUCCUGGUGCCACGAUGCUGCAAUUGGCAAAGUAGCUGAAGUCAGAAUUGAGGAUUUACUACGAGGAGAAGAAGAUGGCGGUCCCCGCUCUUCCCUUGCGAGGACCGGGUCAGUCUCGAGUUUGCCAGCAUUGCCUACACCGAAGAGCCCCAAGAAACCAGCAAAUCGACGCGGUGCAUUGGCUAGGAUGUCAAUCUUAAAGCCCAAUCGUACCAUCUUGCACGAGUCUAUCACCCCAAUAAGCUCUCCUGAUCUCGUCCAGCAACCGAUUGCUGCUUCAUUGGAUAAUCUGGCUGGUCAGGAUGUGGCUCAGAUUUCCGUUCCUAGUACAGUUAUACAGUCAACAUCUGAUGCACGGUCAACUGUACCGAGAGAGUCUGUGACAGUCACCCACAGCACAGGGUUAGGCUUACAAAACACACUCGACAACUUUGUUCCACCCAGCGAGACUCUUCCCGUGGCACCUGCGCCUCUCCCUACAUUACAAAACCCUUGGGCCGACAUGAAUCCCACGGAACCCGAGCGUCUGCGCACACAAUAUUUUGAGCAUCUCUAUACCUCGAAGACCUCACUGGCAUUCUAUGUCAAGGGACCACUGAGUCGGGCACGAGCACAUGUGCGAUCAGGCGGAGAUCCUGCGAAGGGAAUAUUUGAACUUUCCGUAUUUUACGAGCAAAUUAUAUUGCCUACAAAGAAAAUUGAUCUUAAAUACAAGGAGUCUCUGGCAAACAUCAUCAAAGCUUUACCAUCAAUUGUGACGGAGCAGGAAAGCGAAGAUGCUGUCGGACAAGCCGCAUCUCAACAGAAAAGGAGUCGGAAGAAGAAAGCGAAGCUGGGCAAGGAUUGUCUAUGGCCUGACGAGGAGGACUUUAUUGCGAAAUGGUGGCGUGGCAGGGAUUUGAAGCCGACGAGCCUUACAGCGACCAGCCAGACCGAGGAGAUGCGGAAAGAAUUCGCUGAUUUGCGUAUGCGGGAAAGUGAAAUGCAGAUGCUCCUAAUUCUGGAGGUCAUGUUGCUUGAAAUCGCCGGAUCACGACUCUCUGAGACUGCGAAGCCAGUGCAGGUAACAGAUCCAGACGUGAAGCUCGAAUCGAUCGAGGGUGACAACAAUGCAAUCUUGGCCGCAGUUCCACAAAGGCAACAAAAGAGGAAGAGGCGCAACUGGUCGAGUGAAAUCGACACCAUCGUUGAUCGUCUAUGCAUCUGGCACACCAUCAGCCUCGAUGACCUUGUCGCCACAGAUGAUAGAAAGAACAGCACCACCUCUUCCAAAGCUAAUGAUUCCCUCAGGGACUUUUGCAAGGACGUCCUUCUCCCAUUCUACUCGAUCAAACUCCCAGAGCAAAUCAAAUCAAUAUGUCGUAAGCUCGGCGGACCCGAAAUUUCUCCCAAGCGAUCCAGACAUCCACCUCCAGCACCUGCAGCAACCCUGCAUAGAUCGUCCUCGAUAUCGUCACUCACAAAAUCUACAUCAGCAAGGCCAUUUACGAAACGGACUCUCGAGAGGGUUCUUAGCGAAGACCACCAACUCCACCGGCACGGCUCGCCGCCGACUACCUUCUCCCGCGGUCCCUCUGUAACAGCUUCCAUGACGCAGAAUCCUAUAAUCCCGACUUUAAAGCGCGAGCCUUCUGAGAGGCCCGUCUCUCGUGGGGGCAAUCUCUCAAAGUCGGUAUCAUUCAGUAAUCGCGAAAUUGAUCUUGCCGCAGAUCAAAGGGCGCAUGAUCUUAAGCGGCGCAAGCUCGAUCGGUUGGCUCAGCAGAAGAAGGAGUUGGAGGCCGCAAUUGAUGCGCUUAAGAAACCCGAUCGCAGGACCGUGGCAGGACUCUUCAUGGACGAAGUAGAGGACAGGAAGAGUAGGGAGAAGGAGAGGAAGCCAGCAAUCCAGAUAUCUGCAACGCCGAGGGCGAAGCGGACCCAAGAUUUCAUGCAGGAGCCAGAAUUGCCGCUACAACCAAAAGUGACGAUUCAGGAACAAGAUACAGGGGCGAUAAUUCCGUCGUCAACAGUCAAGCCUCGGCUGGUACCUCCUGGGAUACCGAGUUCGACCAGCACCACUAGAUCGUCAGCGACCAAACGAGCAGUCCUUGCAGCCAUUCAUGAGACGCCAUCACGUGGGAUCGACAAGAAAACUUCGAAUCCGCUGAACUUGCCAACUCUUUACCCCCCUCAGGCUGGGCCAGGAGACCUGUUCACGAUAGCAUCAACUCCGGCAUCCAAACGAACAAACCUUGGUGGAGAAAGGUUGCCUUUGUCUGAUCCUGAUCCGCCUUCUGGAUCCUCGCAGGUUGGACGUUCUGAGGGGACGAACAGUGUGCAAAGCCUGCGCAUGACUCGGUCCCAGCGCCCAGUUCUGUUUACGCCGGUGAAGAGGAGUGAUGUGCCGCUCGACCGUGUAUUCCGCGACGCACCAGAGAUUCCUGAACAAGCCGGACAGAUGAUGGAUCGAGUCAUGGGUGGUAAGGGAUGUGGGAUGAUGGAUGACAGCUUUCGGUGGACUCAAAGUCCUGAUGAUACGAGGACGCCUAGAGGAGGAACUUCUGAGAAAGCACGCCCCGCCACUGAUGAGGUUGAGGAGGGUGACAUUUACGACAAAUUGGGUUGGAAUGAUGACUUUGACCUGUGA